AGAAAAAUGAAUACAUGUAAUGUCAUAAGAAGUUGUGACUUUAAAAAAUAAAGUAACCAAAGUAGGUUUUAGGGAAUAAUUGGAAGGGAAAUACUCUUUUUCGUGCGAGAAGACAACAAUUGAGAAUUGGGUUCAGAGUUUGAAUGCAAGAGAAUCAGAAUUGAGGGCUCAGAAAUCACGAUUCAGAAUGGGUCAAACUGAAAGCGCAGAAGCUGUGGCGGAGACUCAAACCACAACCCACCACUCCUCCAAUCCCACUUCCGUGGAAUCCGUCCUCGUAGAAGCUGCAGAAUAUGGAAAUCAGAACACUGAGUCUGUGGAGGAAAUGACUCAGAAAGCCCUUGAAUGCCCUUGCGUUGCUGACUUGCGAACCGGUUCCAGUGGCUCUCAGUUCUCAGAGGCAUUCCUGUGUUUCGUCAAGAGUACCUCUGAAGAAAAGGGCUCGGACUGUGUACAUCCAUUUGUUGCACUGCAGAGCUGCAUCAAGGCUAAUCCAGAUGCAUUCUCUAAGGACAUUCUGGGCAAAGCCGAAGAUGAAAGCAAGGAGUUGGAGCCAGUUCAAGAAUAUAAAAUACUUCCUCCCAAAUGGUCUUGGGAACCUCAAAGUCCAAAAUCCAGGCUUUGAGAGAAGAGUCGGACUCUCAUUUGGGCAACUAGUUGGAUAAGGUCGUGUGAAAUUCAUUUUGAAUUUGUAUUAGUUUUGCCUGAUUAAAAAAGUGACAGGAAUCACAGGAUAUAUCACUUCCUCAAAACGCUUCAUGAUGUGCAUUUUCUUUUAUAUCAUAAAAAAUACAAUUUCUUUUCUACUGA